ACACAAAAAAACUUCAAAUUCAAUUUUCUCGCAAAUAUGCUUGAGAGUUAAUUUAUCAUGCGUUAAUAGGGAUAAUAUUAUAAAACAAUUAAAGUUCGGCGAAAUUCAAGAAGAUAAAUUUCUAAUGGCCUCUUUGUGCUAAAAAAAAAAGUAUUCAGACGAGGCUGAAGACGUUAAAAAACUCUAUAAAAAAAAGAAUACAAUAGAUAAAAAGAGUACAAUUGAUACUAUAUUGACACUUUCCGCAUCUGAAAUUGACAGAAUAACGUCAACACAUACGUGUGCUCCACGCCGAGAUGUGGACACGUGUAUGUUGCUAUUUGAAUUCAAAGGCAAAGUCACGUCUUUGAGCGCGCGAAGAAUGUUUAUAUUUAGUGGUCUAUCGUGAACAAACCGAUCAGUUCUUCGAGGAGAAGCAAAGCUGCUCGUCAAAAAUUCUUUCUAUAUAUUUUCAUUUGUAUACCUGCUGUUGUGUGAAUCAGAUUUUGCGAAAUGGAUGUGCGCAUCGAUGAUUACAUAUUCAGUAGCAUCCUCGGCAAGGGAACGUUUGGAACUGUGUAUUUUGUUAGAAGAAAGAAAGACCUAAAGCCAUUUGUUAUAAAAGCGCAGGAUUUAAAGACGAAAUAUUCACCGUCCAAGAGAGUACUGGGAGAGGUAUUAUGCUUGCAAAAAUUGAGACAUCCGAACAUAGUGAUGUAUUACGGAGCGUGGGAGAAGAACAAUCACAGCUACAUUCUCAUGGAGUACGCGACUCGGUGUACUCUCAAGGAUUUGCUGGAAAAUCGAAAAGUACCCCUUAAGGAAGAGGACGCGCUCUAUUUGUUUUCGCAAAUUACACUGGGAGUGCAUCAUAUUCAUUCGAACAAAAUUCUUCACCGGGACUUGAAACCGGAAAAUAUUAUGUUGACUGGCAGUCGCGGAGAUAUCGUUAAAAUCGGCGAUUUCGGUCUUUCCAAGAACAUCGUAGAAGAUUCGAUAACUUCUCAUGCGGGAUCUUACUAUUAUAUGGCUCCGGAAGUGCUUGCUCUGCAGCCGUACGAACUUAAAUGCGAUAUAUGGAGCAUGGGUGUUAUACUCUACGAAAUGAUUACGAAGAAACUCCCAUUUCCGGCUACGAGCUUAGCGGAAAUUACGAGAUUGGUGCACAACUGUCCGCCAGAACCCUUGCCGCACCGAGUCUCAGCAAUUGUCGUGAAUCUAAUAUCGAAGAUGCUGAGAAAGCAGAUAUCGUUUCGACCUCGCACCGAUCAGCUUGUGCUUUGCCCCUUUCUUGCUCCUUACAUCGUCCGCGUGUAUCUGAAUCUCGGACGUAGAAUUAACAUUGCCGAACGGGAACGCGAGAACUUUAAAUCGGAAAUUUUCUUAAAAUUUCUGAAUUUAAAUAAUAAAGAUUGUAAUCACAACAAUAAUUCGAUAUACGAGCAAUCUCUUAAGGAAUAGAAAAUGUUGUAGUAUAUAAUAGGAAUUUGUUUUUGUGUAAAGUUGCACGUUAAAUAAUUUUAAUAGAAUGACUAGAACGGAUUCUCAGAAAAAAGUGCUCUUAUGACACAUUUAAAGAGAUUUUUAUUAGAUUUUAACAAGAGAGAGAGAGAGAGAAAGAGAGAGAGAGAGAGAGAGAGGGAGAGA